AUGCGGGAGGGCGUCAUCAGCGAGUACUACGUCGCCUACUCCAGAAAGGCCGGUCAGCCAAAGAAGUACGUCCAGGACAACAUGAAGCUGUGCUCGCAAAAGAUCUUCAGCACGCUGAUGGAGGAGAACGGGCACAUCUACGUCUGCGGCGACGUCUCCAUGGCGGAGGACGUCAACAAGACGCUCAAGGCGAUCAUGCUGGAGAACGGCGUUCAGGAUGUGGACAUGGCCAUCUACUCGCUCAAGAAAAGCCAACGCUACCACGAGGACAUCUUCGGCAUCACCCUACGAACGGCAGAGGUGACAAACAAGGGCCGUAGCGACGCACUGGUGAAGCGGACGCUCUCAAACACCUAA